AUGCUCAACAACGAUCCCGUUCCCGGUAUCGGUCUUCUGAAACACCAUCUCCGGUUCGAGGAGUUAUGCUGCGAGAGCCAUGCAGUCACACCAGACGGUCGCAGUCGCCUCCCCGCCGGUGUACCGAGCCACGGGUGGAUAUUGAGACCCGAGAGCCACGACAUGGCCGAAGCAAGCAGGUUCGAUUCGAUACCUCAACACAGUCUCGGGAAAGAAGGGCCCGCCCACUCUCUCCCGUUAACGAACGAACCCCUCGUCGAAUAG